UGGAUUUUAAAGGAGGUCUACCUUCGGCAAAAACGAAAGCAAUUCUGAUUCAAACUAAACCAAACAGGGGCUUGUUUUAACCGUUGCAUGUCAUAAAAACACCGAAGAUCCACACAAGAUGCUUUUAUGUGGCUGGUUUUAUAAUUCUGCUGAUCAUUUAGCUAGCUCAUUCCGUUUCACUGUAAAUCUCCAGUUCGGGAAUUCGAAUACCUGAACGCAACCAGUUCUGGGCUCUGAAAAAGGACAUUUUCAAGUUACAGCCGGUCAGAGCAAGCCUUGUGGAAAAGGGGGUGUGUUGAAAUUUGGCAGAGCACUUCGUUUGUCCUUUGAAAAGUGCUGCUGAUUCUCCAUCAGGAGUCCUUAAAAGCAGUUCAGAAGAUACAAGGUGCUAGUAACAGAAAUGAUACCGAAGACCAGACUUGGCAAACGGUCCCCAUUGGGCACCCUGGUGUGCAGUUCCUCUGCCGAGGGCACGACUGAAAUGGGGCACCAUGGAUCCUCAGACAGUGGGUUUUACCGAAUCAAACUUCACCCAGGACAAAAGGUGUAUGUGCACUGUGGCGGUCAGGAAUGUGGAGGUGUGGUGGAGCAGCAUAACCACGUGGACAAUGAGGUGUCCAUAUUCCUGCCUCAGCUCAACCAGCAUGUUCACCGCAAGCUGGAAGAUGUUUGGACAAGCCCCACGUCCAGUCCCAGCACCUCAGUCUCUUCAUACAUUGAUGUGCCAAAAAGGAAGCCAGAGACAGUGGACAUGGAUGAGAUGAUGGCCGCUCUGGUGCUUACCAGUCUGUCCUGCAGUCCAGUCAUCCAAAACUCAGCUCAGGGGAACGGGACACCAGCUUUGUGUGGAAUGGAAAGCGGUUGUGGCGAACUGUCCGACGGUGGAUAUUGGAGCUGCGACCAUGGAAACGGAAGCCCCGCACCAUCCCCACCCAUCGCAGAGUCGGACAAGGCCGGCCAUCUCGAUGAAGGCCUGGACAUGGAGAUGGACCAAAUGUUACUCAACGAGCCGACGCCAAGAAAACGCAAAAACUCUGUAAAAGUAGCGUAUCGCUGCUUGUGGCCAAAUUGUGGGAAAGUUUUGACCACAGUGGUGGGCAUCAAACGUCACAUCCGGAAUUCUCACCUUGGGCAAAGUGAUGAACACUCCCACAGGGAAGAAGACUUCUACUACAGCGAAGUCUAUCAAGAUAUGGAGCAAACGUCUCCCCCUGUUGGCCACCAGCCUUCCUGCACUUCUCCAUCCAUCCCCAGCCAGCACACACCCCCUUCCCCCUCCAGCCUGUAUCUGCCCCAGCCCAGCACGCUCAGCCAAUCAGCUCCGGGCAGUGUCUGGCAGGUCCACUCUGAGCACUCUUACCAGGCCCCUCCGCCUGUUCAGGUGGUGACGCAGUGUAAACCGGUGUCUGUACCCGUGUCCUGUCAUUGGACUCCAUCUCUCACGGUUCAUCAGAGCAAACAGGGCUCACCAUUCCGCCGUCGUUCAGUAAGUGUAGGUGAACAAUGGCUUCAGAAUAACAGCGCCACCUUCAGACCACAUCCUGCCAGUGUCUCCCCUCCAAGAAACCACUGCACUGCCAGGAGGAUUCGUGGUGAGGCCAAGAAGUGCAGAAAGGUGUAUGGCAUCGAACACAGAGACCAGUGGUGCACCGCCUGCCGCUGGAAAAAGGCCUGCCAGAGAUUCCUUGACUAAAUACCUCCUGAGAAACAAAGAAACUGAACACUAACCUUAAAAGAUGGGAUCUUACCUGGAACAAUGGAUGAAAGAAACCAAAAGAGCACCUUUGCGACCUAAAGUUUUUUUUACGUUUUACCACAGAGAUUUUCAUUUUACAAAAUUGCGCUAAGGAACCAUGUUGGUGCUGAAAGAUUUCUAAAGCGAAAAGCACAGACUCCACCCCUGCAGUCUUCCUGCGUCUUAUACCAUAUCAGCAACUAAUCCAGCGUGACUUUUUUUAACUAGACGCAGCCAUACACUGCACAACAGCAGCAGCCAUAUUUUGUCGAAUCUGUUUUAAACCAACCACCCCCCUGACCUGAAAUCUCCUCAGUUUGUCAUCGGAUGGACAGUUUUCUUAUCAUUCCAUGGUGAUAUGAGACAGGAUGGAGGCGUACGUUACAUCGGUCUAUUGUUUUGGGGGCAAAAAUGGCAGCUUUUGGUUAAUUGUAGUUAAACAACGAAGCAGAAUAGCAAGCAUAUAAUGUUUAUGAUCAUGCAUGUCAUGUUUACCUGCUUCUUAAGCAGACAUUUCCGUUGUAAAGUUUUGUAAAACAAACUGUUAAGGAGGAAAUGGAUUUUGUAUUACAGUUUUGAUAUCUGUGAUGUGUAUGUCACGUCAUUAUCAGUGUAUUUUUAUGACACAGGUUAUACUUCUGUGGAAUAAGUUGAUUUACUGUCAUGUCACAGCUAAGGAAAACCUGUAUAUGAAACAAGCAUGAAAUGAUACACUUUAUAUGUAUUCCUUUUGCUUCUCGUACCAGUCAACCCACUGGCUGUUUGUUUAUCUGGAUUGUGUUCUUGCCAAAGAGAAUCUCUGCAAGAUAAUUCAUAUGAUAAAGUCAUAUAGACCUCUCCAAAAUAAUGUGAAAUCACUCAUAAAUCUUUUCAAAAAGAAAAGCGUAACCAAACUAUUUGAUUGGUUCUUGUUCUUAACAUUUGGGUCCAAAAACAAUCUUUUUUUGUUUUGUAUAAAGCUUAUAUGCAUCAGCUUUUUUGUUUUUAUAUGUAGCCUCAUCAUGUGUACUUUUGUAAACGCUCGAUUUGACUUUAUAAAACUGAAUGUAGGUUAA